CCGCAGUUGGUGGUGUUACUGUUAGUGUUUCCAUACAGCCUACCUGGAAGUUCCAUGACAAAGGACUGGAUGGUGUGUUAUCUUUCUGAACGAACCUAAAUGUAUUCAUUUGCUGAAUACAACUCCCCACAUACAGAUAAGUCCUGCACUGAUUCACCAUAUGAAAACCUGAUUUAAACUUGGCCACGGUCAUAUCACAGCCAACAUGGCGAAGGGGAUAUGUCCUCUAUUGGUGUGUCUGGCUGCGCUCCUUGUCAGUGCUGCCCUGCAAAUCCACCUGGUGCCAUCAGGAAGUGUCCUCAACGUAUUCCUUGGUCAGGUGGUCAGUGUCGUGUGUAUGGUCGACUCCUGCAACUCUUCGGUCACGUCGUUCAGAUGGACACACAACGGACGUUCCUACAGUCCCUUCAUUGGACAAACCUUCAUAAAAACAGUAACAGACAAGUCUGACUCUGGCACUUUAGAAUGCAGAGUAGGGAAUGUGCGUGCCUCUACUCAAAUCAGUGUUCUGUACCCGCCAGUGGUACAUCUGGAGCCAAGGAGUGACACCCUGGAUGUCAGGGUCGGUGAAGACCUCCGUGUAGUCUGUGUAGUAGAGAAGGCCAAACCUAGUGUCAACACAUAUCAGUGGUCUCACAACGGACAAACAAGUACUGGGCGAACAUUCCUCAAACGUAGCAUAACCCUUUCUGACCGAGGGAAACUGACCUGUACUGCUGAUAAUGGACACAUGAUGACACCCGGACGAGCAGUCACUCAUGUUAACGUUCAAUCCGCCCUGCAAAUCCACCUGGAGCCAAGAGGAAGUGUCCUUAACGUCCUCCUUGGUCAAGUGCUCAGUGUCGUGUGUAUGGUCGACUCCUUCAACUCUCCGGUCACGUCGUUCAGCUGGACACACAACGGAGGUUCCUACACUGGACGAACCUUCAGUAAAACAGCUGCAAAGUUUGACUCUGGCACUUUAGAAUGCAGAGCAGGGAAUGUGCGCGCCUCUACUCAAAUCAGUGUUCUGUACCCGCCAGUGGUACAUCUAGAACCAAGCAAUGACACCAUUGAUGUCAUUGUCGGUGAAGACCUCCGUGUAAAGUGUGUGGUAGAUGAUGCCAACCCUAGUGUCCACACAUUCCGGUGGUCUCACAAUGGACAAACAAGUACUGGGUCGACAUUCCUCAAAAGUAACAUAACCCAUUCUGACGGAGGGAAACUGACCUGUGAAGCUGAUAAUGGACACAUGAUGACACCCGGACGAGCAGUUGCAUAUGUAAACGUUCAAUUGCAAGUUUCGUCGGCGAUCUUGAGUGAUGACACUGAAAACAAGAAUCAAGUGGCUGCCAUUGUUACUGGAACUGUUGGCAUGGUUACCAUUAUCAUCCUCAUCGUCGUCAUUAUACACCUGAGGAGGAGUUUGCAUGCUGCAAAACUUGGGCACAAACCGGAUGAAAGGCCAAACAGGACUGAACAAGCGAAUAGGGCAAGCCGCCAACAGAAUUACGAGCCGAUGGAGACGUCAAGUGAAGGUGCUGAGGAAAGCUAUUGCCGUUUUCAGAUGACACCGGUGAAAGAUAACCAUCCUGACAAUACGUACGGCAACCUGGGAUUUGCAGAGGAAGAAAACGUACAAGAAACAAGUGGACCUGUCGAGGAUGCUUACUACGGCAACAUCCAGCUUGAACUCAGUGAAAACAUUCGUCAACAGAGAGGAAAAGAAAUGGAAAUGAGAAAAGCUGAAGGACAGGAGUAUGAUGCUGAGCCCAUCUAUCAAAACACCAGCGGCAGCAACAAGUUGGCAAAAUAACCAUUGGAGGUUAUGACCAGGGUACCUACCUGCGAUAAAUGUCGAAACUAUACAGUAAUUUCAGAAUAUUGUACAUAGUUGUUAUUAAUAAUGUUUUAUGUGCACAUUUUGUAAAACAGUUCUGAAUUACAUACACUGUGAUGUUUGUAAUGCCAAUCCUCUUAUAUUCUUGUAAUCAUGAGCGAUCAGCCUGUUAUGAUACUCCUACAAUAGCUUGAAGCACACGCAUAAAAAUGACACACGCUUGUUUAAUGUUUUCGAGAAUGUAGUGUAGUUUUAUACUUUUAUUUCACUUUGAGUGUGAAGAUCAUUUGCUCAUCUUUAUUUGUGAUGUUGUAACAUCCUGAUUGACGUAUUUCCCGGUUUAAAAAUACGCAUCAUAUUAACAGAAGUAAAAGAGGGUCCAAAUCCUCAAUAUUUCUGAAAUUGCUAUAGUUAUUCUCAUACAUUUACAUGCCAAAUGUGUGUGAAGCCCAUUUAAGGUGUCCCCCGCCGCGAUAUCGCUGGAAUAUUGCUAAAAGCAGCGUAAAACCAUACUCACUCACAUGUAAGUUCCUAAUAGCUUUAUGUAGCCUCAGUGUUCCUUGUUAAUAAUUAGAGGCCAUUGCUGUAGUGUCUGUUGUGUUAUGUUUUCAUAUCUUCCCACUGUAUUACAUAUUAUAUAUACUCACCGCCAAAAGAAACAUGUUGGUCACUAAGAUUGGUUUGAUCCACAAUGAACAUACUGGUAUGUUCAUGAUCCACAAUAAACAUACUGGUAUGUUCAUGUCCAUGUUCAUGUUGUGUGAACCGAUGCUCAUCGACAUGUCAAGUCAUAGAUCCAUUACGCGAGAUGCAUCAUUUGUCUCGUGCAGAGUAGGCACGUAAAGUUUGGAAGUUCACGUGCAGCAUACUGUUGUAAGAAUAAAGACAUUUGACUGAU